AUGGUUAUUGAAGACACACCAUACAUUGGUUUCCCAUUAGGUUUAGCUCUUCUUGUUUCUUUCUUGUUCUUCUUUUGUUGCUUCUUUUGUUGUUGUUUAUAUUGGGACAAACUCCAGUUUCUGUUUCCAUCUUCUGUCGUUAAUGUUAUCAACCCACAACCUCGUAUACAAACACACUUUGCUUCCUCUAACAGUAAACCUGGAUUUCCUGUCUUGAUGAUGAAGCAGAAUCAUGGUGAAAGCUUUCCUGUGUUGAUGCCGGGAGAUAAGGUUCCGAAAUUCAUAGCCAUGGCAAGUGCAUGUAAGCCUCCAAAGGAUGAAAAUAUCACAAUCCAUGUGCAGAAUGAGUAG